AUGUCUUCAACCUCGGCAUCGUCGGAACUGCCGCCGAUUAUCUCCAUCGUGCAGGACGUGUCGCAGGAGGCUAGGCUCUUGCAGCAGCUGGGAGACGAGCUCAAGUUCGAGCCGGAGAAGCUGGAGCUCGGAGAGGCGACGCAGAUGACGGAGGAGAGCUCAGAGAGCGACAAGGUGCGAUUCCUUGAGGACAUCUUCCAGCUGCUGGAUGGGCCGGAAGAGGAGGGAGGGAGCAAACGAGGUUGA